CAAUAUAAGAAAAUUUAGGUUAUUGUUGUUAAAUUGUGUUGAUAAUGAAAUUAUUUUAUUAAUUCACAGUGAACAUAUAAUAUGACAUAAUACAUAUCAGAAACUUGAAAUCUCAUCAAUGAGUUACAUUUGUUGAUUUUAGUUACGAAGUGUUAAGAAGUCAUUUAAUAUACGUAUGAGUAGAGGAAGAAGAUAAGAAAAAUAAUUUGUUUUGUACAUGGUUCAUUUUUCAACAUAUUUUAUUAUUAUCGGCAUAUUUUGGUAGUGUUGAUAAUAUUGAUGAACUUUGUUCUUAUUUAUAUAGUCAAUCUCAGCUGUAUCUGACUAUAUACUAUUGCUUAAAAAUGCAUUGACUAUGAGAAACCAGUUUUCUAUAGCCUUUGAUAAAAAAAUCGUUUUAAUGUGAGCAAAAAAUUCGAAUUAAACAACAAUAACAUGGCAAUUUAUAGUCCAAAUGAACUUUCCUCGUUUGAAAAGUCCCUUGUUGAUGACCAAAAAAAAUGUCAUGAAAAUGAUGAAGUACCACUUGGCAAAAUUAAGAUUGAAACAAAUAAUCGAUUUUGGAGUGUUGGUUCCAAACUAGUAGUAUGUAGAAAGUUUAUUUCUGAUAAACAAGCCAAAUGUGAAGAUGUAAACAGAGUAGCAUUUUAUGAUAAAUUGAAACGUUUAGCUAAUUGUGAGAAAUCAACUGGAACUUAUGAACUUAAUCGACAGUUAAGUCAUGAAGAAGAAUUGUGGCAGAGUGAGUUGAAAGAUUUAAUAUGGUUAGAGUUACGUGCUAGAAUAACUGAUAGAAGUAUUACUAGUCAAGACAAAUAUCUUUGUGAAGAAAGAAAAAAAAUUGUUGACUUACUUGAUGAAAUUAUUAAUUUUAGUUAUAGAUUUAAUCAGAUGUCUCCUUACGAUUCUUCUACAACCGAAGCUAAUAUAAACAAUUUAGAUGAAGAAACAGUCCAAUGUUGGAAUCGAUGUGGUUGCUUAAAACUGUUCUGUUGUCGUUGUAUUGAACAACAAAACUCGGCAUUACGUAAAGUAGAGCAUCUUAUGGAACGUUUAGAAUAUGCUGAAUCAUUAUUUCCGUCUAGUAGAGCAUUUGCAGCUCAAUAUCCUCUUUAUAAGAGUUCGGAAUUUACUAAUCGUGUUGAGGCAAUGUGUGUUUGGUAUAAUAUAACAAAAAGGCAACGAUUAAUGUUGUUAAUUCUUGGCAGACAUUUAAUGAAAGAAGUAGAAGAUUUAGAACCAUCAUCAUGUGUAAAUAGUAAUAAUUCUCCAAGUACAUCUAAUGACAGUGGAAAAGGUUCUUUGACACCAUCACCUGGAACCAGUGUGUCAGAUAAACCUGAGUUUAAAUUUAAACAAUCCAGUGCUAAUUAUCGUGAACCUAUAUCAUAUAAAGAUCUUGAUUUAUAUAAUACACAACCUAUAGCCAUUUUGAGGCAACAUUUCUUUCCUCAAUCUAUGGUUCCUUACUCCAACACUGGUGAUGCAUCAUUAACUUAUAGACAGUUUAUAACUGGAGUAUUAAAAACUAAAGGAUUAAGAAAAGCAUUGAAAUUUCUUGAUGAACUCUAUAAGAAUGUUUUACGCAAAGCACAUUUGACAUUAAAAGAUCAAACUGCUCUGGAAGAUGAUGUUAGAGAAGAAUCUGUGACCAAUGAUGAAGAACUAUUACGCUACAGUUAUUGGUGUAAAGAAUCAAAAGCUUUAAAUUUGCCAUCAUAUAGAGCAGCUUUUAUUUUUCUAUCACGUAUUCCAUUAGAUUUAAUACAUACAUAUCUUAGAAUGAGAUUAGAUACAAGGCCUGAAAAACCUUCAAUAAUGAGUAUAAGACAAUUGACAUGUGAGUUGAAGGAGGGCUUAUUAUUAGCUGUUGUUCAUCGAAGACGCUUUGUUCGUCAUAUACAGUCGACUUUGUGGUCUGAUAAAGACAAAGAUAUGAAAAUAUUUGAAGAACGUAUUUUACAUUUUGAUAAAUGUUCCAAAAAUGUUUUAGAAGUGUAUUUAAGGUAUAUGGAAGAGUGGGUAGUUAUGAUGGAGCACUGUAGAGCACAAAAAAAUAUAUUAGAAGAAGAAUGGAAUGAUUUAAAAAUUAUAGUACCUCAUAUUCCUGAUUCUAGAACUUUGGUUACAAAAACUUUUUGUCAGAUUGCUAAAAAGAUGCUAGAAACAACUGCUGAAAAUUUCAAAAAUAAUAUAUUAGGUUAUUCCAAAAUGUUAAUUAAUGUCGAUCUGUCUCAUGCCAAACAAAAUGUAUUACUGGUAUGUCGAGAAUUACAAAGUAUAUUGGGGUUAUAUCGUGAAAAGGCUUUACUAGUAAUGUCUCUUAUAAAAACCAUCUGUAAAGAUCUUAUUGAACACUUUAAAAAAAAUAAGAAGAAUGAAAGUGAUGUGAUGAAGAAUGCUUUACCACCUAUUUGGGUUACAAUGAAACCUUUAAAAGAAAAAGUAUUUGAAACUUGUCAACGCAUUACUGAAAUGAUUAUGUCUGUGGAAAAAGCAUUUAAUACUUGUCACAAUGAUAUUGAUGAUUUAACUCUUGCCCCUCGAAUACGAGAUGUGUUACAGCAAAUGUACAAAUUUGCUUUUGAGUAUCAUAAAGAAGCAAAUAGAAUAGCUUGUGGACCAUUCAAAGAUCAAAUGGCUUUUUAUAAUGUAUCUAUUUCAAAACUUUGGAUAAAUUUUGUUCAUGAACGUUGUGAACGGGGCCGAGGCUUAAAACCAAAGUGGGCAAACACUGGUUUGGAAUUUUUGUUAAAUGUAUGUGAACCUCAAAAUAUAGCUGGACUCAGUGAUGAAGAUUUUAAGGAUUUUAAAAACCUUAUUGAAGAUUGUGUUAUGUAUAUAAUUGGGGAUAAUGAUGAUAACUCAGGAUAUCUUAGUUCCAAUGUAUUUAAAAAGAAACGUCAAUCUACAGUUAUAGAAGGAAAAAAUAAAAUAAUGAAGACUGAAAAAUUUUCCAAAGUUGGAGAUAUUGAUAGAAGUGUUCGUGUCAUGGAUGCUGUCAAUAAACUUGAUCAUAAACUUGAAGAAAGAUUAAGAUCACAAGAAUUAAUUGGGCAUGUACGUACAACUGAGUAUAACAUUGAGCGUAUAGAUUAUCUUCGCCCUCGUCCUGUUAACUUUAGUUGGCAGAGAGGUAUAAAAAUAGGUCAGGGUCGUUUUGGUAAAGUAUAUACUGCUGUGAAUAAUGAAACUGGUGAACUAAUGGCAAUGAAAGAAAUCCAGUUGCAACCAUUUGAUCAUAAAGCAAUUAGAAGUGUAGCUGUAGAGCUAAAAAUUUUUGAAGGUAUUGUUCAUGAAAAUCUUGUAAGAUAUUAUGGUGUUGAAAUUCAUAGGGAAGAAAUGGUCAUUUUUAUGGAACUGUGUGCUGAAGGUACGUUAGAAAAUUUAGUUGCUGCUACUGAAAAUGGUUUACCAGAAGGCCUGAUUCGUAGAUUCACAAAGCAAUUAAUUAGUGGAGUUGAUAUUUUACAUCAGCAUGCAAUAGUUCACAGAGAUAUUAAAAGUGCAAAUAUAUUUUUAACUUCUGAAGGUAAUUGCUUAAAAUUAGGUGACUUUGGUUCAGCAGUAAAAAUGAAUGCACUUACUACAGUUCCUGGAGAACUUAAAGGUUUUGUUGGAACACAAGCUUAUAUGGCACCUGAAGUAUUUAUGAAAUCAAAUACUGAUGGACAUGGUAGAGCAGCAGAUAUUUGGUCAGUUGGUUGUGUUGUAAUAGAAAUGGCUUCAGGAAAAAGACCUUGGUUUGAAUAUGAUUCAAACUAUCAAAUCAUGUUUAAAGUAGGAAUGGGAUUUUCACCAACAACACCAGAAGCAUUGUGUAAUGAAGGUCAACAGUUUGUAGAUCUAUGUCUAAAGCAUGAUCCAAAUUUAAGAGCUACUACUUCUGAUCUUUUAGAUCACAAUUUUAUAAAAGUUUUGCCUGAAGACUGUGUUUCAUGUAGAAUUUCUUCAAUAACAAUGCUAGAAGAAAGUUUAAAACUAGGAUUAAAACGAUAGUAUCUGAACGUAAAUAUUUUUUUUAUAUUAGAGUCAUAUUUUUACAUGUAUACAAUUUUAAUGAUUUUAUGAUUUCUGUAAAAAAUAAAAAAUUAUAUAUAUGUACUCUAGUUAAAUGUUCAUCACUUGUGUAGUCUGUAAAAAUUAUUGAUAUUUGAAGAAAAUAUUAUUUUUGAGUUUUUGAUUCAGUAAUUUUUACAGUACUUUUUUUACUGACAUAAAAAUGCUAUAUUUAUAUUUUUAU